AUGGGUUUGCCAAGGUUUGGGCGUCCUAAGAAUGAUGGUGAAUUGAGUUCGAAUCUUUACGUGGCCAAUUGUGGGUCCGCAGUGGGGAUUUCUGAUGAUGACAUUGCGUCUGUGUUCUGCAAAUUUGGAGAGCUUAAGGGAGUUUAUGCAGCAGAUGAGAGUGGGACACGUGUCAUAGUAGCUUAUGCUGAAGAGGGUUCUGCGCAAGCUGCCUUAAAGGCAUUACAUGGACGCCCAUGUCCUGAACUUGGAGGUCGAUCCUUGCAUAUCCGUUAUUCUGUGCUUCAGCCAACAACACAGGAUCAAGCUAGUGACUUGGUUCCUGUAUCUAUCACAGCGUCAGAUGUGAGCAUUCCAGGCCUUUACCUAAUGCAUGACUUCAUUAGUGCUAAAGAAGAAGAGGAACUGCUUCAGGCUGUUGACUGCAGGCCUUGGAAUAGUCUUGCAAAAAGAAGGGUUCAACACUAUGGUUAUGAGUUUCGUUAUGACAUCAGGAACGUUAAUACAAGGCAUUGCUUAGGUGGACUUCCGUCAUUUGUUUCUCCAAUACUGGAAAGAAUUUCAUCAUGUCCAACUUUCAAGAAUGUUAAAAACAUAGUUCUGGACCAACUUACGGUAAAUGAGUACCCACCUGGAGUGGGCCUGUCCCCCCAUGUAGACACUCACUCUGCAUUUGAAGAUUUAAUUUUCAGCCUUUCAUUAUCAGGGCCCUGUAUAAUGGAGUUUAGGCGAUAUGAAAAUGGUGAUUGGCUUCCCAAAGUUGCCUCAUGUGCUGUUGCAAAAAUAGAAAAUACAGAAGAUCAAUCAAAUUUUUUAAGGAGAGCUAUUUAUCUUCCUCCUCGAUCUUUGCUACUCUUGUCUGGAGAAGCACGUUAUGCAUGGCAUCAUUACAUUCCACACCACAAGAUAGAUAAAGUUAAUGGCAGAAUCAUUAGAAGGGCUUCAAGAAGGGUAUCUUUUACAUUUCGUAAGGUUAGAGCUGGUCACCAGAUUUCAACAACCAUAGCUUCGUUCAGUUAUGUUCAUCAUCACUACAGCCCUAGCCUGUUACUAAUGAUGCGCAUAACCUUCGCGAGACAGAACUCUGAAAAUCUAGGCAUGUGGCUUCAAAUCCUGUUAUCUUUCCUCUUGCCACUGGUUUCAACUUCCAAGACCCCAACAUUUCCAUUUCUACAAGAUCGUCAUUGGAUUUUUUUCUCCUCUAAUUGUGUGGAAUUCUGCUUGAAAUAUAUAUAUGCUAUAACGACUAACUUGUGCAGUAGGGAUAAUGUGGGAUAUGUGGUUGAAUGCAUAGGAUAUGUACUUCUCUGA